UGCAUUUUUUCUGUUCUCUUUAAGAGGUUCUUUAUUUCUUACAUAUGAAGUUCUGGCCCUGAAGAAAGCUGUGACAUUAGAUACUCAAGUGGUAGAAAGAGAAAAAAUGAAGUCAUAUAUAUAUGUGCACACAGUUUCUUUAGAUAAAGGAGAAAAUCAUGGUAUUGCCUGGCAGGCAAGAAAAGAACUUCACAAAGCAGUAAGAAAAGUAUUGGCAACAUCCGCCAAGAUACUACGGAAUCCAUUUGCUGACCCUUUUAGUACAGUUGAUAUAGAAGAUCAUGAGUGUGCUGUGUGGCUGCUCCUACGGAAGAGCAAGUCAGAUGACAAAACCACGCGACUCAAGGCUGUGCAGGAGAUGUCGGAGACCCAUCACUGGCAUGAUUACCAGUAUAGGCUAAUUGCUCAAGCCUGUGAUCCGAAAACUCUUAUUGGUUUGGCACGAAGCAAAGAGAGUGAUCUUCGCUUUUUUCUCCUACCACCUCCUUUGCCAUCUUUAAAAGAAGAUUCUUCCACUGAAGAAGAGCUCAGGCAGUUGCUGGCUUCCUUACCUCAAACAGAGCUAGAUGAGUGUAUCCAGUAUUUUACGUCUUUGGCUCUUAGUGAAAGCAGUCAGAGUCUAGCUGCUCAGAAGGGUGGUUUAUGGUGUUUUGGAGGAAAUGGACUUCCUUAUGCUGAAAGUUUUGGAGAAGUUCCUUCAGCAACAGUGGAAAUGUUCUGUUUAGAAGCUAUAGUAAAACAUUCUGAGAUAUCCACACAUUGUGAUAAAAUCGAAGCAAAUGGAGGCCUGCAGCUACUUCAGAGGCUGUACCGACUUCACAAGGACUGCCCUAAAGUACAGAGAAAUAUAAUGCGUAUCAUUGGAAAUAUGGCUUUGAAUGAACAUCUUCAUUCUUCUAUAGUUCGCUCAGGCUGGGUGUCCAUCAUGGCAGAAGCAAUGAAAUCUGACCGCAUUAUGGAGGCCUCACAUGCUGCCAGAAUCCUGGCAAAUCUAGAUCGAGAAACUGUGCAAGAAAAAUAUCAGGAUGGCGUGUAUGUGCUGCAUCCCCAGUAUCGAACAAGUCAGCCCAUUAAAGCAGAUGUCCUUUUUAUUCAUGGCCUUAUGGGAGCAGCAUUCAAAACAUGGCGCCAGCAGGACAGUGAGCAGGCUGUAACUGAAAAGCCUAUGGAGGAUGAAGACAGAUACACAACGUGUUGGCCCAAGACAUGGUUAGCAAAAGACUGUCCUGCUCUCCGAAUUAUAUCUGUGGAGUAUGACACCACCCUCAGCGACUGGAGAGCAAGGUGCCCUAUGGAAAGAAAGUCCAUUGCAUUCAGAAGCAAAGAACUUCUUAGGAAGCUCAGAGCUGCUGGUGUUGGGGAUAGGCCGGUGGUUUGGAUAUCACAUAGCAUGGGAGGUCUUCUCGUCAAAAAGAUGCUGUUGGAAGCCUCUAAGAAGCCAGAAAUGAGUGCUGUUAUCAACAAUACCAGAGGAAUAAUUUUUUAUAGUGUCCCUCAUCAUGGAUCACAUUUGGCUGAAUACUCUGUUAAUGUUCGCUAUCUUCUCUUUCCCUCUUUGGAAGUCAAAGAACUCAGCAAGGAUUCUCCUGCACUUAAAACACUGCAAGAUGACUUUCUGGAGUUUGCUAAAGACAAAAACUUCCAGGUGCUGAAUUUUGUGGAAACACUACCAACCUACAUUGGCAGCAUGAUUAAGCUCCAUGUGGUGCCUGUGGAAUCAGCAGAUUUAGGCAUUGGAGAUCUAAUUCCUGUGGAUGUUAACCAUUUGAACAUUUGUAAGCCAAAGAAAAAGGAUGCUUUUUUGUACCAGCGUACUUUACAAUUCAUCCGUGAAACUUUAGCCAAAGACCUUGAAAACUAA